AGCCUUCACAUACUUUCUGUCAUUUCUUUGGUGUGGUUAUUCGAUUCGCGGUGCGGUGUAAUGCGGCACACCCCAUUUAUUUCUCGAUUGAUUAUAUUUUAAGGCACUGUGGAUAAGAUAAAUAAUCCAAUAUAAUAUUUUUUAACAAUGGCUCAGGCGGGUAUUGAAAAGUUAUCCUUAAAGGAGAUUUUCACGUCGGAUAAGAGAGGUAAUGAUGAAACUGGAGAUGGUACCGAGAAGAAGCCGUUUAAAACGAUCCUUCAGGCUAUGCGUAAAGCGGGAAAGGAGCCUUUUCCAACGAUCUACGUAGACUCAAAAGAGGAAGGAAAAAUUUACGAUGUAGCUGCCAAGUCCCAGCUUAAGAAAAUUCAGAAGAUCUGGGUAAGAGAAGCCCACAAGGCAGCGGAUAAGGCUAAGUUUGAGGAGGAAACCAAUGAGAAGAGAGUGCAGAAUAUGGAAGAAGCUAAAAAAAUUGUCAUUAAGAACGACCCGAACUUGCCGAAAGCGACAACUGUAAAGAUUUAUGAGACUCCGGAGCAUCGCGGGAAGCGUAUCUGUGUCCGUGGCUGGGUGCACCGGUUACGAAGACAAGGCAAAGCCCUGACAUUCCUCACGCUCCGUGACGGUACAGGCUACUUGCAGUGUGUGCUACAUGGCCUACUCUGCCAGACCUACAAUGCUUUGGUGUUGUCAACUGAGUCUUCAGUCAUUAUCUAUGGCUCAUUGGAGGUUCUGCCUGAGGGAAAAUCGGCUCCGGGCGGACAUGAGUUGACAGCUGACUACUGGGAGUUGGUGGGCCUAGCGCCUCCAGGCGGAGCUGAUGCCAUCCUCAAUGAAGAGGCCCUUGUUGAUGUGCAGCUUGAUAACAGGCACAUAAUGAUCCGCGGUGAAAACACAUCGAAGAUCCUCCACGCCCGCGCAGCUGUCACACGGGCCUUCCGCGACCAUUUCUACGCGCGCCACUACACGGAGGUCACACCGCCGACGCUGGUGCAGACCCAGUGUGAGGGAGGCAGCACGCUGUUCAAGUUCAGCUAUUUCGGCGAGGAAGCCUACUUGACUCAGAGCUCGCAACUGUACCUAGAAACUUGCCUGCCUGCGUUAGGAGAUGUGUACUGCAUCGCGCAGUCUUACCGCGCAGAGCAGUCUCGCACUAGACGCCAUCUUGCUGAAUACAGCCACGUAGAAGCGGAAUGUCCGUUCAUCACAUUCGAAGACUUGUUGGAUCGUCUGGAGGACUUGGUGGUCGAUGUAGUCGACCGUGUGCUUGCCUCGCCCGACGCGCAUCUCAUCCACGACCUCAACCCCAACUUCAAGAGGCCCCAGAGGCCGUUCAAGAGGAUGGCGUACACCGAGGCGCUGGAGUACCUCAAGGAGCACAACAUCACUAAGGACGAUGGAUCCUUCUACGAGUUCGGAGACGACAUCCCCGAGCAGCCUGAGCGCAAGAUGACCGACGCGAUCGGCGUCCCCAUACUGCUGCACGGCUUCCCCGCCGAGAUCAAGUCCUUCUACAUGCAGCGCUGCCACCACGACCCGCGCCUCACCGAGUCCGUGGACGUGCUCAUGCCGGGGGUGGGGGAGAUCGUCGGCGGCUCCAUGAGGUCCUGGGACUACGACCAGCUCAUGGAAGGCUACGCGCGCGAGGGCAUCGACCCCUCCCCGUACUACUGGUACACGGACCAGCGCAAGUUCGGCUCCACCCCGCACGGGGGCUACGGGCUGGGCCUGGAGCGCUUCCUGUGCUGGCUGCUGGCGCGCCACCACAUCCGCGAGGUCUGCCUCUACCCGCGCUUCCUAGAGCGCUGCACUCCCUAGGUACGACUACCUACCGCUAUAUGAGUAAGGCUUAGAACGCACUACGGUUUUUUUCUUGCGGUUUCAGUCUUUUAAGUGCGUGCCGUACGUUUUUUGCGGUUGCGGAACCGCUUUUAAAAAAACCGCGGGGCGUUCUAAGCAGGUCACCUAUAGUUCGUUUUUUUUUGCAUUAGAAAGAAGGUAAAUCUUGACGCGUCUCACCGGAAGGUCAGCGCUGGAAGUCGCCAGCAACAUGCUGAGGUGAGACCAUUUUCUCUUUUUUGUAUAAUUUUCUAUUUUUGUGGACGUGUCUAACGAAUAAAUUAUUUCUAUUUCUUUUUAUUAAAAAUCACUUGAAAAUAAGUUACAGCAAAUAUGUUACAAUGAGGGCUAUCGUUUUUUUGCUCACCAGUUGGCGCCUCUGUUGAUGGUGGUCCAAAAGACUAAAGAACAGCUGUCAGUCAUUGAAGUGACAAGUGACAUUUGACAUUUCGAACUAUGGAAAAGACCACCACCUACACUAGCGCCCCUAGCGGCGAAUUCAUACGCGUUAGCCCUCAUUAUAAAUCAUAUACGAUCUUUUACAUUGUUUUGCUCAUAAGUAAUAUAAACUAAUUUUUUUAAAGCGUUUUUCAAUAAAAAGACACGUCAAGAUAGUUUAUCUUUUUUCUAAUGCUAAAAAAAUAACUAUAGUAUAAGUGCCAGUUGCACCAUCCGCACUUGACAGACUGAUCAACGUCACCCGGCGCGCCGCGGUUUACUAUGAAACUUUACAAUAAAAUUUUGCGAACUCUUUAACUAUGACAAACAGUUUGGUGCAACCGACCUAACUCUGCGCCGAUCUUACAGUGAUACCUAUAUGUCAUAUUUUCAUAGGACAUUUUAUAGUAACACAUACACACUGACACAUACAUUACUAUAUCUAUUUAUAACCUUAAAACACAAAAUCUCGCAAAAUUUGUCACCGUACCCAAGCUGUGUGAAAAUACUGUAAAUCAGUGCAGAGUUAGCUUAGACUGACUACACGCGUUCUAGUAUCAAUCUUCAUUAGGGACGUCACACUGCCACGCAUGCGGCGUGAAGUGUCUUAUGUUAUGAAGAUUCAUACAUUACAACGCGCACAUAGAUGGCGUUGAUAUAGGAUAAAUUAUCUCAGAUGAUUUUUUCGGACUCGGGCCCUAAUCUGUUAAACAAAAGGUAUUGUUUCCUUUAUGCAGUGGUUACACUGCUUACUGCUAAUAGCCCCGUCAUAAGUAACGGGAACAAGCCAAAGCAAAUUUACCGUCCUAUUUAUAUGGUUCAAAUUCAUAAAACAGCCCAUUCGGAGAUAACACGUUUUGUUAUCUCCAAAGAAAAUAACCUGAUUGUUCUCUAUGAGCUGUCACAUUAAUUUGAACCUUAAUACUAUCACGAUAGGUGUUUUGUAAGCGACAUGGUUGCUUUGGCACGUACUGAAGACCGCUCUUAAAAGAAACAUAGGCUAUUGUAUAACAAACCCGAAAAAAUCAUCUGAGAUAAUUCAUAUUAUACCUAAGCGUCAGGCGGGCGCCUCAGGCGUCGGCAUUAAUUGUAAAAAGUCCACUAAAGUGAUCAUACUCGUAUAUAAAUAAACCUUUUUUCAUUGAAAUACAUUUAAUAUGCGAUUAAGAUGGACACACUUCUUUGCAAUGGACUCAGUCUCAAUAGACUAACAGAUCCAAAAAAAAUCGUGUGGUUCAUUUUAAUAAUCGCUUCGCUCAUUUCUUCGAGCUGGUUAUGCGAAAUGAGACCUUAAAUCGUCUAAAUAAGGUUUAUAAACGGUUACUUCAGUGUGCUCAUUAAACCUGCAAUAGCCAGUGUUAUGUUAUGUUACUUAUGUUAAUUCAAUUGUUCCAGGUUUUGCAUUUGGUCAUAAAUAUUGUUUAUAAAUAAAUGUUUAUUUUCCACUUUUCUACCGUUGCUAUUUAGUUCUAGAGUCAAAAGGUAGGUAAAUCUAAUAAUAUGACGCAAAACAUUUUUUGAAAUAUGAACCCUAAUGUAAAUACUAUAGAGUUCUUAUUUCAAAGUCAACUUCAUUGAUGAAGUUAAGCAAUUCAUGGCAUUUCUUGUGUUGAUUUAAGACUAAGUAAGCAUUUUUGUUUUAUGAUUGUGAUAGGUAUUAGAAAUAAUAUCUAGAAGUGUUUUAUGAAGAGUUUGAUAAUAACGGAAAUACAGCUUGUUU